CUGCCAACCCUUUCGCACCCUCAAAAAAUGGCUCUGACAACCACACAAGUCACCGUGUUGCCAUUGAAUAGUAGAAUUAAACCUUCUUCAGUGUAUAUGUUUUGUGUUUCCUAACCUCAAUAAUCUGUGCCUCAACGGUCAACGCAGCGGCAUAACCCGAACUUCCCUGUUUGCAUUUACGAUUUCCUUGUAUGCUUUUAGCACUUUUAGUUUAGUGUACACUGGAGAUGUUAUAAACUAUGUAUGCAACUUAAUAGGCAGACUUAUAUAAUAGUAUUACCACGGUGAACGUUCAGUAUGCCUUCAUUCUUCGUAAUAGUAAUUAACCUGUCCAAUUUCUUCACUGACCAUAGGCGGCUAGCUAGAUUAUGUGUAAAUGAAGCUAUCCAAACAAUCGGAGAUUUUCAAAAUAGAAUUAGCGAUAUAUUCAGCAUCCACGACUUCCACUUACUGUGUGAUAAUCACUUCUUACCUCCGACCGAAGAUGUACAUAUCGUCAAAGCAAAUGAGCUCAUUUGGGUCAUGCCUAAUCCGGGUAACACUACAGCACAACAAUCUAUAAUUGAUAUGCCUAUCACACCAUUACACCACUCAAGUGUAUCUUACAGAAAAAAAAAAUAUAGUGAGAAUGAAAAAAGAAAAUUAGUUGAUAGAGACGAAGUGAAUGCUGACCACAGUACUGAAGAUACCUCAGAAAAGACAAAAGGCAGGCUUAUUGCAAAUGGUGUUACCAACAAUAUCAAUAAAAGUGUGGAUCAUGAGGCUGAAUGGAAAACUAUUGGAAAUGAAGAUAACAAUAUUGAAGAUGAAUUCCCUAGAAGUAAGAAGAAGAAAAGGAAAAAUAUGCUUAUGCAGAGUGGUGAAAGCCCUUUUCAUCCUGAAUUAAAUGAAGAGAAAAAUAAGGUUAUUGUAAAUGAGAAUGACAACAAUAUUCAAGAGUUUGUAGGUCCUGAAAUAAAAAAUAAAGAUACUCUGAAUGAACCUGACAAGGAUAUUGAACAGAGAGUCCCCAAAAGAAAUAAGAGUAAGAAAAAGAAAAAUAGUCCCGUGAAUUACAUGGAUUUAGAGGAGACAGUCCCCAAAAGAAAGAAGAAGAAAGAGGAAAUUUCAGGUGUUAUCUUAAUUGCAGAUUGUAUAGGCACUGACAAAGAAGAAAAUGAACGUACGUCAGCUUUAUCAAAUAUAGGAAGCAAUCGAAAGGUUUGUGAAGGAGAUCUAGCAUCAUAUACAAAGAAACAACCAGUACCUAUGACAACAGACGAAUAUUUAAAAGAGAAAAAAAUUAAUAUAGUAAGAAUCGAUUAUAUUACAUCAAAAGAUAUACCCGACAAAAGUCAGUGUCGGAGUUCAAAAUCCAAUACAGAUAUUCCAAUCAGUACACCAAAGGUAUCAUUGACAACAAAUACAUUACCCAUUAAAUUUGCAUCUGAGCUCACAUGCAUCAAAGAGAGUAAUUCAGUGGAUUUUCAAAAAGAAAUUUGUACUAACUCUACAGACAUUAUUGAAAAUUCUCAGGAUAAACAGAUGGCAUGUGAACCACCAGAUAAAUGUCCUGAUAGAAGAAUUGAAAACAAACAAAAUGGAGAUUCCAAAGAUUCUAUACAAGAAAGUGUAAUGGUAUCAGAGGGAACUGAAUUUAACAAUGCAUAUAAUAAUAUUGAGCAAAAUCCAAUAAUAGAUAUAAAAACUCCAGAGAAGAAAGAGUACUCUUACAAAGAAGUAUCUCCUUUGAGUGAGUCUAUGCUGUCUUUUCUUGCCCGUUAUGACAGUAACAUGGAAUCAACUCAGUCUAUUAAAGUCGAUGAUGUACAUGAAAAAAGUCCAUUUGUGUCAGGUUGUCACUGGAUCCAAUCUGAAAAUCGAACCGUCAAACAUAAGGAAUUAUGUGGUGUGGGUCAUUUUCUGGAAAAUUUGAAACAAACUCCGAAAGUUGAACCGCAGAUUGUACGACAGACUGAAGCACAGGUAACAGAAGAAAUAUUUGAUGUAGAAUCUUUUGUUACAUUACGGAAAAGAAAAAGGAGUCGUCGCAGGCCAAAGAAAAAUAGAUUUGAGAAUGAUGACAGUGUGGCCUUACCUCCAAAGACUAUUCCAAUGCCCAAGCCCAUGAUUACCCAAGGCAGUCCAAGUAUUCAUAUAAAGUUUUGUGACGACGAAAAUGAAGAUUCUUACAAGGAUAAGCCAGGAAAUCAAGAGAAUAGCAAUGCCAAACACUAUAGGGAAUCACAAUCUGAAGUGAUGCAGAAAGCUAUUUCCGUCAAUGAUAUGGUACCAAAAGAUAAACAGAUGGCUUGCGAACCGCCAGAUAAAUGCCCUGAUAGAAGAAUUGAAAACAAACAAAAUAUUGAUCCUAAAAAUUCUGAAGAAGAAAGUGGAAUGGUAUCAGGUGGAACUAAAUUUAAAAUGCAUCCAAUAAUAUUGAACAAAAUCCAGUAGUAGAUAUAAAAAAUCCAGAGAAGAAAAGAAAACUCUUUUGACGAAGUAUCUCCUUUGAUAGAUGAUGUAUAUGGAAAAAGUCCAUUUGCGUCAGGCUGUCACUGGAUCCAAUCUGAAAAUCAAACUGUAAAA